UAGAGCGCCAAGCCUUAAGGGAAGCAGGUGGCGACCUGCUACAGAGGGAUCUUUGAACCUGCCUCCAGCGGUCAGCGAUGCAGAAGCUGUCGGCGAUGACGCUUUGCGCGAACCAGCAGGUUCACAAUUAUGGUCUCCUAGUACAGACUGUAGUGAAUUAGUGACGGAGGUCAACUACAUUGUAUAAUUUCGAGAACGCUCUUCGCGGCCGCUGCUCUUGAUGAGACCUGCGAUAAGCACAUGAGAAGUUUUCAUGUAGUGCUGCAUGCUACAAAAGAACCUCGUGUUCAUAAGGAGAUGUUCAUUUUUUUCUUCUCGAGACGUGUUUCUAAUGCUGAUCGUUAGUUCGAAGCAGCAGAGAAAGCAGGUCAGCGACAUUGAGGGUGAGAACGCGCCUGACGAUGAAGAGAUGGCUUAGUCGCCUGACGAUUCAGACCACGACUUGCUGUUUGUCACCACCUACGCUGGCGUUAGAGGUGCUAUGGAUGGUGCCUUCGCCACCCCAGCCGCAACGAGCAACACAGGGGCGCGGCGCCAACCUGUGCCGGAGGGCACAGCAGUAGCAGAGAGUGUCGUCCACGAGCACGAGCAGCCAAUCUGCGCUC